UCUGAUGUGUCUGUUCCUGCUCAGUAAAAAUCUACAGUACCCAUUCAGUUGCUAUGUGAAUGUGUGUGGCGUUGCCUGGAUUUAUCACGCAGUGUGGGGCAGGUAUGGGAGAAAGGAAAACUCGUCAUUCACUUGCACACUUUAAGACAUGUUCUCCAUCUGUUGUUGUUUCUCCGACUAUCUUCCUUCUGCCAGAUCAUCGUAUGUGAGAUAAGAAAGGAUAUAAUGUCUACGGUGCUAAAAUACAUUGGCACACAUGGAUAACGCUGUGCUGUAAGAAGGGGUGGAAGCUGCAGUGGAGUGCAUGCAUGCUGCAAAUACUGCAAAAAGUAUGAAUGUGGAAAAAUGUAUAGAUUUCUUCAAGGUAUGUUGACUGCACAUACAAUUCUUGGUGGUUCUUUUUUCUGAAUUUCAGGGGUAGCAAACUAGUAUCAUGCAUAAAAUCGUAUUUGCCCUUCCUUUGCUUUCUCUGUAAGUAGAAAUACAGCAGUGAUGAAGAGAGACAUAGGUGGUUAUUUGUAUGCACAAAGGAAGCUUCGUUUCCUAGGGUCUGCCUCAGAGUUGAAUUAUGUGGUAGUUCAUGGAAAAGAAGUUAAAGCUUUCCCAAAAUAUGAGUUACUCAUGAUAACAGCAUGACACAGUAACAGCAUACGCUUCUUCUUCCUGAUGUCUUGGAGAAGCCAAGGGUGCUAUGUCCAAUUCAAGACAUUCAGCAAUUCAAAAAGUACCCAAGAAGGCCAAGAUAGAUGGAGACUGUGGAGAAAUAAGUGAAAGAGAGCAGGCAAACACAGAAAGGAGGUGAGUGCACGUGUCUUACUAAGGUGCCACUGGUAAGUUAACCACCUUAGGAUUAGCCAUGCACAACGCUGGACUUUAACUGUGUGUCUGAUCCUGACCACUGCAUCAGAGUCUGGAAACCAUGGCAUGGUUACCUGCGCAUGAUCUGCCUCUUGAUAUGGAACUUUACAACAAAUACCUAAUUUACUCGAUGUCUUUUUCUCCACGCUGAUAUAGUGCUAUUUGCUACCUCUUUGUACUGGCUGUAAGUUUUCUGUUACUAGGUCACAACUGGCUUUAGAGAGUGCAUUGCCAUCCAGCAGUUCAGCCAUGAGCAAUACGUUGCAGCCAACUUUCAAAAUCUUUGGAGCAGGAUGGGAAAAGAGCUGAAGAGGAUGGAAGGCAUGAGGUGUGGUCCUGGACAACAGCUACCAAGGAAUCCUUGUGUUUCAUGUGGCAAAAAGUGAAAGUGCAGCUAAUGCUAAGCAUGUCUUUCCUUGCUGCUGUUUUUUGGUAUUGUAGAAGGCUAUACAGCUUUUUAGCACAGCUACUGAAAUGGUGGAGCAACUACCUUCAGAGAAAACUCAUAAGGAAUCUCAGUGUGCUGACAGAAGUUGAUCUACUUGGUUAUAGUGCGAGAGAAUGGAAAGGAGAAACAAAGCAGGCCAAACACAUGAGGGAGGCUUAUGAAGAAUUGUUUUGGAGCUGUCAUAUCAAAUACCUGAGACUAGUCAGGAGAGACAACUAUAGUGCAGUAAGAGCGGUGCUUUUUCAGAUAUUCAGCCAAGGCAUUCCUUUUCCUUCAUGGAUGAAGGAAAGAGAUAUAUUGAAGCUUCCUGAAAAGCUUUUGUAUUCUCAAGGUUGUAACUGGAUUCAGCAAUACAGUUUUGGGCCAGAAAGAUACACAGGUCCCAAUGCCUUUGGGAAAUUGCGCAAAUGUAUGGAGGCAUUAAAGACAAAUUGGGCUGAAAUAAGUGCUACUAAAGAUCAUGAAAAAAGAGGAAACAUGUGUAAUACGCUCUUUUCUGAUGAAAGCAAGGAACACAAACUAUAUGAGGCCAUAAAGUUCAUCAUGCUCUAUGAAGUUGUUGAAGCCUAUGAGCAGAUAAAGAACAGGGAAGAACCUGUACAUAAUCUUUUUAGCCUUCUUUUUGCUCGUGAUACUUCAUCUGACCCUCUGAGUUUCAUGAUGAAUCAUCUGAACUCCAUAGGUGACUCUAUUUGCCUAGACCAGGUUGAACUGUUUCUUCUUGGAUAUGUACUUGAAGUAAAGAUAAGAGUUUACAGAUUGCAUAGGUUUAAUACUGAGGAAUUUCAAGUAAACUAUCCAGAUGAAUACCGAAGGGAAUGGAAUGAGAUUUCUCUCCUGACUGAGGAUGACCACUACUAUCACAUCCCCCUGUUCAGAACGUGAAGAACCAGUGACUUGUUUUUCCUUUGUAAAAUAUAGUGAGUGACCAGUUCCAGUGAAUUAGGUUUCUAAUCAUUAGCAGUAAAAUCUUGAGAAUGCUCGUUAAUGAUUACAGAAUGAUUUAUGGGUUUAUUGUGUAAACAUUUUGCUUUCCCAUUGCAGAUCAGUUCACCAGCAGUCAGACAUAAAAACCGUAAAACAUACUGCUAUAGUGUCUGGGGAAAAAAAAAUCGCAUUUGAGGGUUGUCAGACAAAAAAAAAUUGGACUGCCUGACAAAGAAAGCAAAGGUAAUGCUGGGUUUUCGAUUACUGGCUUAAGGGCUUACUCUGGAUGGGUUAAACUCAAGUGCCUAAAGCAAUGAGACUGCCUUUCCCUACUGCCUGUCUAGCUAGGGAGGAUGAAUCACAGAGGAAGCAACUCUUGGGGUCCCACAGUUUAUACUCCGAGAUAUUUAAGUUGUAUUGACUUGGGGCUGCCUGGCAGGGGAGGACAUAAACUGGGGCCUUUGUGUAGCUGCUUCAAAUCUCACUUGGCUUCCCUUGUUGCUGGAGUGCCUCUCUCCAGGGAUGGGCAGAGCAAGCAGCUGCAGGCUGUACUUACUUCAGGCAUGAGAAAUUAAGCUGUCUGCACCCAGCAGUGAUAUCUGAAGGUGAAGAACUUUAACACAGGGGAAAUCAGCAAGAAUACUGUGCCAGAUGGAUGGAAGAUCGCUUUAUAAGUGAGGAAAGAACGUAGCUUUCUCAUAGCUAAAAAGACCACUAGUAAUCGGUCACAGGCAACAGAGUUAGACCCAGUAGCUGCGUGUGGUUUUUGUCAGCUUGUAAAUCCUUUAAGGGAUGAUUCCAACAUUACCUGCCAAGAUUUCCUUUGCAAUUCAUCUGAGAAAACUCUGCAUGGAAUACAUUCACAAACACUGCAUUUUCAGAAAAUAUUCAUUUUCUAUGCAUUAUGUGAAUUCAGUAGUGUUGCAUACGUUUUAUCUUCUGAGUAUGUAUUAAACUCCUUGGUUAAGAUUGCUAUCACUUAUUUAGAUCUCCAUGUUUGAAGAAUUCUGUCUGGGACAACUAAAUGAAAUUUACCUUACUACAUGGAACAUUUUGCUCAGUUUUGUUUUCUAAAAGAAUCAAUUGUGUUUUGAUUAUUUCAGAAUAAGGGACCUUAAUAUGAAGAAGUCUUAGAUCUCGCAAAAUAUUUGUGAAAAGCUUACAGUGCCGUAGGCAUAUGGUUGUAUUGAAGAAAACAGGAUUAAUUAAGAAAAAAACCCUCUCCUUUCUUUAUCCUGGAGAUACGAGGACAGGCAGGUUUGUUUUUCAGUUCCUUCAGGAGAAAAUGCUAACCAGUAAUAAAAAUGUGAACAGGGCCUGCAGGAGCUAAAGCAGUUGCAUGAGGUAUUUAAAUGUAAUGCUUGGAGUCAAUGAAGAGUACUCAGUUCCUUUGUGUAAAGGAAAGAAAUUUUAUCCCUUACACUCCUUUUAUUUGUAUGUAUAUGUAUAUAUAUUUAUAAACACAAACACUUAAGUUCUGUAUUGUAGCAGUUUUGUUUCCUGGAAGUGUUUCUGAGUUCAGUUUUGUUCAGUAACUUGUAGCUUUUAAUUAAGAAGGUUUGAUAGCUGUAAUAAUUUCAUCUCAUCAAAACUUGCAUAGCGAAUACUUUAUUUAUUAAAAGGAACUCUUUUUCACUGAAUGAAAUAAUUUUAUUACUUUAGAUUUGGUUCUGCUCUGCAUGGGGAAAUGUUAUAAUGCUUGAGUGUAGAAUAUUGCUGUCUAUUUUGCAUCAACAGUAACAUUUACAGCUAUCAAUAAAUUUGUCUAUAUUUUAUUCUUGUUUUGGUACAAGCAGACAUACAAAAAAUAUGUAUUUUUAUAGUGAGCUUUUUAAUGAUUUGCAUAUUAUUUAUGAAUAGAAAUACAAAAACAUUACAGCUGAAAGUGAUAAAUUGUCAAAAUGUACAUUUUUGUGAUCUUGAACAUAUUAAUAGCAGGUGAUUAAUAAAGAUCUAACACAGACAGUGGAAUUUACCUCACCAAUUUGUAUGUCUACGUCUGAACUAGGUCACCUUGGGCUCUCUGCCUUGUCAGUGGCACACAGAUAGCCAGAGGAGUGGGUCUCUACCAGGGAGCUGGCAGUGAUCAGCAUAAAUCUCUCUGCCCUAGAUAUUUGAAGUUAGGUGAGAUUUUGUCCCAGUAAUCCAGAAAGAACAUAUUGAAACAGAUCUGCUGGCUUAUCAGAUGUCAGAGGUAGUAGCCAAAUCAUGACAGGAACAGAAAUGGGAUGUGAAGAAAGGAGCUACAGGUGAGGAUAAUCACAAGUCAGAGAUAAAUGCAGAGAGAGCUCUACACAGGAUCUUAAGAAACAUCAAGACAGGCUUGGGGCUGCACUGAGUUUUAACCGGUCACUCUGAUAAUAUAUUUUACAGAUGUAUAA